ACCUUUCCUUCCGUUACGCGUUCUGCAAGAGACGAGAUUCAGUUGAACGCUCUGGAAAAAAACCCGAAUUCGACCCGAACUCCGAUGGCGAGCCUAUGGCGGGCCGCGAUGGGCCAGACGGUGCAACCCAAUGACUACGACGGCAUCGAGUUCUGGUCAAACCCCGAACGCACCGGUUGGUUGACUAAACAAGGCGAGUACAUAAAGACGUGGCGUCGCCGGUGGUUCGUCCUCAAGCAAGGCAAGCUUUUCUGGUUCAUGGACUCCGCCGUCAACCGCGGCUCCAGACCACGUGGCGUGAUCCCGGUGGCGUCUUGCCUCACAGUGAAGGGAGCCGAAGACGUCCUCAACAAGCAGUACGCGUUCGAGCUGUCGACGCGCUCGGAGACGAUGUACUUCAUCGCCGACUCGGAGAAGGAGAAGGAGGACUGGAUCAACUCGAUCGGACGGUCCAUAGUGCAGCAUUCGAGGUCCGUCACCGACUCCGAGGUCGUCGAUUACGAUAGCAAGAAGUGAGAGGGUGGAGUGGAGGGGGCAAUUUGGUCAUAUAAUUACUACUGUAGGUGAGUGGUGGUGGAGCUCCGCUCCUUGUAUUUUUGCUCGUGCAUAAAUAUUCAGUGACACUUUUCUGUUUUUCUUCUGUAAAUGUAUUCAGAUCGUAUUGUGUUUUCGAAUUCGCAGCAAUUUAAAGUUUCUCUUUGUUUGGUAA